AUGGAUCACACUCGCGACCCCUGCCCCUGGGUUAUUCUUAAUGACUUUGGUGGUGCUUUCUGCAUGGGUGCUGUCGGUGGUACAAUUUGGCACGGUGUCAAGGGUUUCAGGAAUAGCCCGUAUGGCGAGCGGCGACUAGGCGCCAUCACGGCCAUUAAGAUGCGUGCCCCCGUGCUGGGCGGCAACUUUGGCGUGUGGGGUGGUCUCUUCAGCACAUAUGAUUGUGCCGUUAAGGGCAUCAGGAAAAAGGAGGACCCGUGGAAUGCUAUCAUUGCCGGGUUCUUCACAGGCGGUUCGUUGGCCAUUCGUGGAGGUUACAAGGCGGCGAGGAAUGGCGCCAUCAGUUGCGCUAUCCUACUCGCCGUUAUUGAGGGUGUCGGUAUCGGCUUCCAGAAGAUGUUCGCAGGGGCGACGAAGCUGGAGGCUCCCCAACCGCCACCCUCAGGCGACAAGAUGCUUGCUUAA